AUGGGAAAAUUGCCCCCUACAUUAGAGGUCAUUAGGAAAAUGCUCCCCUUACAUUGGAGAUCACUGGGAAGAAUGCUCCUUACAUUGGUGGUCAGCGGGAAGAAAGUUACUUACGUUGGUGGUCAGUGGAAAGAAUGCCACUUACAUUGGAGGUCAGUGGGAAGAAUGCCCCUUCCUUUGGAGGUCAGUAGGAAGAAUGCCCCUUGCUUUGGAGGUCAGUAGGAAGAAUGCCCCUUGCUUUGGAGGUCAGUAGGAAGAAUGCCCCUUGCUUUGGAGGUCAGUGGGAAGAAUGUCCCUUGCACUGGAGGUCAUUGGGAAACAUGCCUUUUGCAUUAGAGGUCAGUGGGAAGAAUGCCCCUUGCAUUGGUGGUCAGUGGGAAGAAUGCCCCUUGCAUUGGUGGUCAGUGGGAAGAAUGCCCCUUGCAUUGGUGGUCAGUGGGGAGAAUACCCCUUGCAUUGGUGGUCAUUGGAAAUAAUGUCCCUUGCAUUGGUGGUCAUUGGAAAUAAUGUCCCUUGCAUUGGUGGUCAUUGGAAAGAAUGUCCCUUGCAUUGGUGGUCAGUGGGAAGAAUGUCCCUUGCAUUGGUGGUCAGUGGGAAGAAUGGCCCUUGCAUUGGUGGUCAUUGGAAAGAAUGGCCCUUGCAUUGGUGGUCAGUGGGAAGAAUGGCCCCAGCAUUGGUGGUCAGUGUGAAGAAUGGCCCUUGC